AUGAUGGCGAUGAUGUUGACUGGCCGUGUGCUGCUGGUGUGUGCCCUCUGCGUGCUGUGGUGCGGUGCCGGCGGUGUUUAUGCGAGGGACCUCGACAACAAGGCACUGGGUGGCUGUGUGGCGUCGGGAGUGUUGGGUAUGAAUACAUCGUAUGUGCCGAACGGAUGUAAUAAAUACAUGCCGAUGCCGCCUUUGCGGUCAGCACUGCCUAUCCCUGCCAUACAAGCCGAAGUUGAGCAGGUAAGUGUUACUACUCAGGAUGGGACCAAUUCAACCUCAGACACUGCUCCAGAAUCUGGUUCUGGAGUUGGAAGCGGAGGUUCUCCGGGCCCUACUGCUCCUGCUGCUGGUCCAAAUGUUGUUCCAGGUGCUGGUGGUCCUGCUGUUUCAGGUGCUGCUGGUCCUGCUCCUCCUGCUCCUGGUGGCGUUCCUGGUCCUACUGGUCCUGCCGGUGUUACUGGUGGUCCUGGUGGUAAUACUGGUUCUUCCGGUGCCACGGAUGUUCUUGGUGCCGCGGUUUCUUCUGAUGGUCCUUCUUCUUUUCCUGCUGCUAAUUCUAAUGCUGUUUCUCUUGGUCUUCCUGCUGGUUCAGAAAAAAGUAAUGCGGGUUGCGGAGAGGAGGCGUCGGAUUGCGGAAGUCAAGAAAAGUUGGAAAAGUCAAAAGUGGAAAAUCAGGAAUUGGAGGAAUCCAAAACACAAAAACCUCCAGCGACACAAAAUACGAAAUCAAAAGACAAUGAGGAGAACUCAACGGAAGCAUCAAGUACGGAAUUGCAGAAUACGGAAACCCAACAAGAAAUAAAACCGCCAGUAGAUGAGAAUGACACUACGAGCACCGAUGCAUCCACAGCGGUUGCCGCACAGAGUACAUCGGCCGGCAGUCAAGAAGAAGCAACUGAGUCAUCCUCCGAUGGCAGUCAUUCUCCACUUCAGGGGGAAGUAUUCACUGGAACGGACACUCCCGAGAAUGCUCCAUCUCCGGCUGCCGCGGAAGCAGAAAAACGCCAAGGAGAAAAUGUGACGAAAGAUGGCGACAGCGACAGCAGCACCGCGGUCUUCCACAGCACCUCCCCUCUUUUGCUUCUUGUUGCUUGUGCGGCUGCUGCUGUGGUGGUGGCCGCGUGA